AUGGCAAGGACACUCUGGAUUGUGGAGGCAAUCAAUCGAAGUGAUGGCGCGCACGUAACUGAUCAACGCGAAGUGGGAUUGGGAUCUGGAACAGAAGGGGGACAAAGAAAGAAACGGUCAAGGAUCAGGCACUAUGAGGUAUGCAUCGAUGCCCCAGCUGUCGACUUGACAGAGAUCAAGCGAGUUGAUAUGAAGCGAAGUAAGACUAGAAAAUCAGCUAGGGCUUGGACGGCUCGCAAAGAAGGCCGAAAGCCAAACCGCCAUCAUGGCGGGGAGGAAGGUCGGCAAUGUCGUGCCGAAUCGGCUAAAGAACGAGGACGAUCAGGUUGGGAUCCAACAGCAAGCGACAGUCGGAAUACCUUGUCGAUAGUUAGGCCGGGUUACUUCGACGCCCUAUUGUCAUGGUGCACCACGGUCCCAAAACCCGGGGCUCCAGGAUCCUUGCUGGGAUUGGGGAAAUUGGCAGGUGGAACCCCUCCCCGCCAUUCGAGCUAUUUAGCUGGUUGGGGGGAGGGGAAUACCAUUGCCGAUGUGAUGGGUCAUCCCUGGAUAGAUGAACAAGUGAGGAGGCGUUGUCAAAAGAUAGAGAAGAAGAGAGAGAGGGAGAGGAAGAAGAAGAAGAAGAAGAAGAAGAGAAAGCAAUAG